AGCGCGCGCAUAUGUGCCAUACCAGAAGUUUUAUUAAAACAAACAAGUGACAACAAAUUUUAAUUGUUUUAAAAAUUAUAAUCGUUUCUGUUGAAUUAAGCAUUUAAAAGCAUAUCACAACAUGCCCAAAAUUCAAUUGAUGCAUCCCAGGAAUUUGUAUAGAACCCCGCCCAAUUUCAAAGAAUUGGCAGACAAUUACCCAGAAUUUAGAAAAUAUGCAACCACUAGUCUAGACGGAAAAAUAGUUUUUGAUUUUAAAAAUCAAGACGGACUAAGAGUGUUGACACGUAUUUUGUUGAAAAAGGAUUUUGAUCUGGAUGUUGAUUUACCAGUUGGUAAACUAAUACCGACUGUUCCUUUACGACUCAAUUAUAUUUUAUGGAUAGAAGAUCUUUUGAACUUGAAUAAUUCCAAUUCAUCAAAUACCAAAGGCAUAGAUAUAGGUACCGGAGCAUCGUGCAUUUACCCAUUACUUGCGGCUAAGAAAUUUGGUUGGUCCAUGGUCGGUACUGAUAUUAAUAAAGAAUCUGUUGAAAGUGCGUCAAAAAAUAUAUUAAAGAACAACUUACUAGAUCGCAUAAAUGUAUUAGAAGUGUCAGAAUGGGAUAGCCUUUUACCAGUGAAAAAAAAUGAACAUUACGAUUUUUGUAUGUGUAACCCUCCGUUUCAUUGUCAACAAGUAUUAAACACGUCUGACGAGGACGACUGCGAUAAAGCAAAUUCCUGUGAAAUGUACACGGCUGGCGGUGAAGUCGAUUUUGUAAAAAAAAUUAUAAGCGAAAGUGAAAGAUUGCUUAAUUCCAUAAGUAUUUAUACUACUAUGAUUGGAUACAAAUCGUCACUGAAACCACUCAAAAAAGAACUUCAAAAUAUUGGAGCCAAAAGUAUCUGUGAAGCUGGAUUUUUCCAAGGUCGUACAGCACGUUGGGGAAUAGCAUGGACAUUCCAGCCAGACAUAAAACUAAUCGAUUUUAUGCCUACUAAAGAUUUUAAGAAAAAAGCACUUAAACCGCCCGUGUCAUUUGCUCUUCCAGAUUCUUAUGAUGCAAAUACUGCUCUGUCAAAGUUGAACGAGCUAUUGAUAAGUCUUAAGUUGGCUAUAGUUCCCUGUAAAACACCAACGAACAAAGAUACCUUGUUUCAAGCUGACGUCAAAGCAUAUGAAAACACGUGGGUUCACCAAAGACGAAAAAGACGUAUGGAACAGAGAACAAUUGACAAUAAACGACAAAAAUUGCAAGAGAGCACACCCGAAGAUUCAUACAAUGUAGUAUGUGCACAACCCUCAGAAACUAAUGUCAAUAAUAAGACAUUUUUAUUUGACGCCACAUUUCUUUUGCGGAAAUCCAAUGACAAGAUUUGGGUUGAUAUGUUGCACGUAAACGGCAAUAGAGAUAAUUCCCAUCAGGUGUUUCAGUACUUAAAAAAUAGAUUUACAUAACGUAAGUCAGUCAAAGUAAUGUAUCAUGCGACACGAAUUUUGGAAAACCAAAUCCGAGACAAUCCGGUUGUGUGCUUGGCCGUUGGAAAUUUUCCCAGGAUGGAUCAGGCACAAAGCUUUCUACUAUGUUGCAUGGCUACGGAAAAACAAAGAGGUAAAUUAAACAUCAUGGCAUUGCCUGGUACAUCAUAAUAAAUCGACUAAUGUCAUACAAGUAUGUUUGCACGUUUCAAAAUGAAUAUUUGAAUCACAUUUAUUUAUUCGUGUUUUAAUUUUAUCAUAUGUUUGUU